GUUAGAGCAUUUGCUGUGUUGCAAAGACGUAAUUGGAUGGGUAUCUGUUCUUCUUUAAACACUGAACCUCAGCCCCAGCAGCUUCAACAAGCCUUUAUUUGGUAAAGGGUAAUACCUCAUUGGAGUUAAUACAAUAAACACCAGGUCUCCCUGUUGGAGGCGCAGUCUGAUCUAACAGAAUCCUUCACUGCAACACAAUACCACUGAUAACCCUGAAUGAUAUUAUAUGCAAAUACAUACUGUUCCUGGAAAGUUCUCUGCUGCACAUACAGCUUAUAAAGACUAUCCGGUAGUCACUGGUUUGCGAUGGUGAAAGAAGUAUUCACAUCAUAUACAUAAGUGACAGUACCAGUAGUCCAAUGUAGAAAAUACUCUAAUACAAGUGAAAGUCCUGCUUUUAAAUUCCAUUUAAGUAAAAGUACAGAUGUAUUAUCAACACACUUAAUAGGAUCAAACAUAGAAGUACUACAAGUUGCCAUCAUGACGGAUAUUAAGUAUAUAAGAGUAUGACAUUGUCAGACUGUUAAUACCGAUCCAUUAAUGUGUAAGUGUCGUUUUAUUGUUGUAGUUGGUCGAGGUGGAGCAAGUUUUAACUACAUUAUUAGUCCAGUGGUUCCCAACGUAGGGGUUUGGCCUCCCUCAAAGGUUCACAGGAUAAAUCUGAGGGUGUUGUGAGAUCAUUCAUGAGAUACAAAAGUGAAUUCUGGAUGAUCUGGUUCGUGUUACAAUCAAAGUUGUGAAUUUGAACAUGUAAAUCUCAAGAGCCGUGUAAUUUCCAUUUAAUUCUAUACAAACUCUCAGACACAGUUUAAUCUUUGUGUUAGCUGGUGUCGAGUUUCAACACUGCGGAAAUAUACUGAAAGCCACUUUGGAUGCCAUUUUCAUUUUUUUAGCAUAACCAACCAUGUUUCGCCAGGAACUAUUUUGCAUCACGAAGCUUAUCUCAGUUCAUCACAACACGAGAGUUUUCUAUUGCCUUUCACAUUCAGGUUUGGUCCUCAUCACGUUAGGAUGGAUUCAGCAAUCCUCAACCAAACAAACUUGAGUACAUCACACUCUUGCACCAUGGAGUCCUCAGUGAAUCAGCGUGUGAUUCUGGCUGCCUAUUCUCUUUUUUUCAUCGUGGGCUUUCCAGCAAACUGCCUGUCUCUGUAUGUAGCCUGGAGGUUGAUGAGGAAUGGGAACAACACAGCAGUCUACCUUGUCAACCUGUCCAUUUCUGAUCUGCUCUACACAAUUACUCUUCCUGUGUGGAUUGAACUGGCCAAGGAGAGUCCUAUAGGUGGCGGUCUCUGCAGCCUAGUGGCUGUGAUCAUGUUCAACAGCUUUUACGUCGGCUCUGGCCUCCUUUGCUGCAUCUCCGUUGAUCGCUAUGUAGCAGUGGUCUAUCCUCUCCAGUUUCACUGGGUCAGGGAGGUGCGGACAGCAGCACUUGUGAGUUUUGCUGUAUGGGUUUUGGAGAUUGUCAUCCACGUUAUCUUACUUGACCACACAGGGGCGCUGCAAGCUUUCUCCUCAAGUGACUUGUGUGAGGAUAGAGUACCCAUGACACAAGAGAGUGCCAACCUUGCUCUCACUCGGGUCAGCCUCGGUUUCCUGGUCCCCGUCUUCAUCAUGACUUUUUGCUUUCAGCAGAUCAUGCAAUCACUCAAACAGAGCACUUCCAUCAUGGCGGAGGAGCGCAGGAAAGUAGGACUGCUGUUGUUGUCCCUGCUUCUAACCUACACAGCAGCCUUUGUGCCCUACCAGACUGUCAUGCUACUCAGGGCCAUACUGGAGCCCAGAGCCUGCAUCUGGGCCACAAAGCUCAGAGAUCCAUAUCUUGUCACAGUCACCACCACAACCAUAAACAGUGUAUUAGAUCCUAUAUUAUACUGUUUAAUCAGUGAAAGUGCUAAGAGCGAAGUCAGGAAAGCUCUAGAGAAAUUCAGAGGACUUUUAAUGUGGAGGAAAUGGUCGGAAAGCUCUAAUGGAGUUCAGCAAUUUUCCUAA